CUACACUUCCUGAUUCAUCUACAGUAUUUGAGGACAUCUCGUUCACGACAUUUCUCGCUCAUUAUCUUGAUAUUGGAGGAUCAGACCAAUUUCCCAUUUUAGAUGGCCACAGGAAAAGUACCCAGUGAAGGCCAUGACGUGCUAAAGAAGUAUUCGAAAACCGCUCAGCAGUUUACUCGUACCGUAACCGAAUCCGCCUUCCCCUUUCUUCCGCAAGAGCUAAUCUAUUCGACACUUUUGCUUUCGCUCCUUGAUGUCUUCAACUUUACCCCACAUGUUACAAUUUCGAGGACUUUGGAGGGUCUUGCAGAGUUUGUAGUCAGCUCUUCCACUUUCCUCCAUAUAAUAUGCGUUCUCAUAACAUCUGCAUUGUUCACAGCAGUUCUUGUGAUGGCUGUGAGAUUUGCGAUUACCUUGAUACUCUAUUAUCAUGGAUGGCUUUACGAGGAAGUUGGAAAGCCCCCAAGUCUAGCUACAAAGCUAUUCAUGAUGACAAUGAAAGUGCUAUCCUCAAGGGCUCGCUUCUUCUCAUUCCAAAGUCUUCUACCAUGGUUAAUGCCGCCAGCUGUACGAGAUACCGUCAGACAGUAUCUCGAAACGGUGAAGCCACUGCUUAGCGAUGAGGAUUACGUUGUUAUGAAGGAUCAAGCGGAAGAAUUCCAAAAUACUGUCGCCACCUCAAUUCAACGUAAACUUUGGAUGAAAUGGCUUAUUUCGAGAAACUAUCUUUCUGAUUGGUGGAAAGAAGUCGUAUACAUGCGUCAUCGUGGUUCUCUAAUUCAUACUAAUGUGGGCUGUGCUGAUAUCAUCUAUCAACAACCGACAACGAAUCAAGCAGCUCGGGCAGCCUAUGCUACCCUAAAUCGUCAAUAUUUCUGUCGAGACAUUUUUGUGAAAGACACCAUGAAGCCGAUCGCUCUGGGCAUUAUACCAUUGUGCGCUACCCAAUAUUCGGACUAUCAUCGGUCACUCCGAGUGCCGAACGAAGUCAGCGAUGUAAUGAUUCGUGUGCCUGAUGCUCGACAUGUGGCUGUUUUUUCGAAAGGAUGUUGGUACAAAGUCAAUAUUUUCCAUGGAAAAAGAAUGCUACGACCAGCUGAACUGCAAAGAUCACUGCAAAUGAUUUUGGACCGUAAUGACACACCACAAGAAGGAGAACAACAUCUGUCUGCACUUACAGCUGGCCCACGUGAUCUUUGGGCGAAGAUUCGCAGAGAGAAAUUUGCUGAUGGAGUAAACAAGGAAUCUCUUUCGUUCAUAGAGAAUGCCCUCGAGAUCAUAGUACUAGACGAUGGCGAAACAGGCUAUGAUGAGAACGAUCCAACAAUCUACGACAGAGAAUACGAGUUAGCACUGACAGGCGAUGGAUAUAAACUUUGGUGUGACAAACCUAGUGUUUACAUCUUUACCAAAAAUGGAAGGCUCGUGUGCAACGCUGAACAUUCGGUGGUGGAUGCUAUGAUCUACGUACAUGUUCGAGAAUAUCUCAAAUAUCAUGAAGCGUUCGAUAAGCCUUAUGGCCCUGACGGAAACUGUACCGGAGACGUGCAGGUGGUCCCGAAACCAGAAAGACUAUGCUGGCAGUUGGAUUCUGAAACUUUGGGCGCGGUCAAGGAGGCCUAUACCAUUUCCAAGCGAAUUGCUGACGAUUUCGAGAAUGGUCACAUUGUAUUCAGUGAUUAUGGAAAGGACUUUAUGAAGAAAAUUGGCGUUUCGCCAGACGCCUACAUUCAAAUGGCAAUGCAGUUGGCAUAUUACAAAGACCAAGGCAAAUUUGAGCUUACGUACGAACCAGCUGUUAUGCGUCUAUAUCGUGAUGGACGAACGGAAACUGUAAGAAGUUGCAGUACUGAAUCGUGCGAUUUUGUCCGAUCAAUGUUGGAUAAAAAUGAAAACGAUCAGAACAGAUGGAAGUUGUUGAGACGAGCUUGCGAUCGUCAUCAGGCUUAUUACCGAAAUGCAAUGGCUGGCCAUGGCGUUGAUAGACAUCUAUUUGCUAUGUAUGUGGUGUCCAAAUACUAUGGUAUUUCAUCGCCAUUUUUGGAGAAUGUGUUCAGCAUGAACUAUGCACUAUCAACAAGUCAGACUCCACAACAUCAAAUGAGCGAGUACACAAAGAAACUUAACAAUGAGCGGGAGUUGUUCUGGCCAGCUGGCGCUUUCGCCUGUCCGGAAGGAUCCAAUUAUGGUGUUUGCUACACUGUUGGUACCACAGGUGAUCUGCUUAGUUUCCAUGUGACAUCUUGGAAAUCGCUGAAGCAUACUAAUGCUCAUCGUUUCCGCAACACUCUUGUCGAAUGCCUACGAGAAAUGAAGCGAAUGUCCGAGAAUGCAUUAACAUAAUUUUAAUUAACUCUAUUAUUCCUUUAAAAUGUAAUUAUAUCGUUUGGAACGCUAGAACUUUUAAUGCCGGACUUAAGCUACUCAAGCUGAUUCCUUUCCACUUGUAAAAUUGUACGAGUAUAGAAUUUUUUGUAUGAGUCUAGCUCUUCGCUACCUCACAUAUGCUUGUCAGUUUGUACAGCAAUAUUUAUAAUUUAAAUUGUAUGUCUGUCUUUGAGAGUUGUUCUUUCGUAUUUCUUUGCACAAUUAAGCGGCACCUGAAAUUAAAACUUC